AUGACGGCACAACUGAGCUCAGAGCAGAUCAGGACGCUCAUUACGGAAACAGUAACAGCAGCAUUGCAAGCACAGUUACAAGCAACAGCACAGGCCCAAGCGCAACAAGGGCAGCAGCAACAACAAGGACAACAACCGGCGACCGCACCAACAUUCAGCAUGGCUCCCGGAGGAGGCGAUCAAACCAAGGCUUGGGAUUUCGCAUCAGAUAAAGGCAUGAAAUUCUAUUCUCAGGCAACGAAAGCCUCUGACAUUAAAUACGAUGGAAGUAGUGAAAAGCUCCAUCAAUUUCUUAAUUUUAUUAAAGUGAGAGCAUCUACAUUUGGAAUGAUGAUAGUACUUGACAAGGUAGCUGUUGACAACAACAAAACCAGAUCUGUGAUCACCGAAUACGGUUCGAUCUCGCACGAGCAGAUGAAGACGCACGCAGAAACUUAUCAGGCCGAAGACAACAGGAAGCGUCAAGCAUCCGGCAUGUUGGUCACACUGAUCUCUAAUUCCGUCUUGCCCGACGUAUUUGAUGAACUAAUGCAAAGGGAAGACAAAUACACGGUCAAAGUGACACCCACAGGAACGACCAAUGCGGUAGCACGAGAAGACGGGGCCAUGAUGCUCUAUCAACUCAUAGCGAUGGAAGAACAAUAUGAAGAUGGGACUGUGACUGGUCUGGAGCACCCAGAGCUUAAUGGUUUGGCAGCGGAAAAGUACAAGGUCAUCUCCAGUAAGAAGGAAUGGAAGAAGAAAUCAAAGCAAGAACUCGAAUUCAUCGCGAUGAAGGCAGAACUCGAACAACACAAGAAGAAACAGCUCACCCAGCAACCCAUCUCGGAUGCACGCAAAGGCCAAAGCAGAGAGGGUCGACAAGGAGGACCGAUCAACACAGGAGAAUGGGCAUGGAAGUCCAUUGCUCCGAAGGAAGGAGAAGCUACGGAAAAGAAAUUUAAGGGCAAGAAGUAUAUUUACUGCCCUCAUCAUGGAGAGACCAAAUGGGUGCUCAAGGUCAACCGACAGGGACUUGUUCACGCCACCAGCUGCAAGGCCAGGAAGGAGAAAGAGACUGCAGCUGCGUCUUUGACAGCCACAACCGACACCGAUCAACAAUACGCCGACGCACUAUCCUCGGUGAUCGAAGACGAAAACAUCAACAAACCUGUACAACAAUGA